CCUCCUCUGCUUUUCUGACGUGGAAAGUCAUAUCCAUUGGCCCAUACUGCACGUAACUUGUGGUGCACAUUCAAUCUCACCGCAAACAUAAACUUCCUUAUAUACUACUUGGAUAGUGUAUUGGUGUCCAUUUCAAUCUUGGAUCAAGUCAAGUUUGGCGACAUUAAUUCUUCAAUUCACUCAUGGAGGUUUGCUUUCUCUCUUCAAAUUCCUUUGCCAAAACCACAGAAGCCUUCCCUCUGAUCCCAGCAAAAUUCCCCUCCACAAGAACACGGCCGUUCUCCCAUCUCCAUUUCAAGAAAUCUUCAACCCCGCUGUCUCUAAAAUGUUGUUUAGGAGAUUCGGCAAAAGAUGAGGAGAGAGCAAGUGUGGUCGAUGGUGAUUGGCGAGGUUUUCGUGCGAGAUUAGUGGCCGGAGAAGGCGUACUGAGGUCCGAUCAAAAAGAUCAGGCGCCGAUCAUCACCAUCGGCGAGAAAUGGGCACACAAGAUCCACGAACCGGAAAAAGGGUGCUUGCUGGUAGCGACGGAGAAGCUGGACGGGGUCCACAUCUUCGAACGAACCGUGAUUCUGUUACUGUCGGUGGGGGCAGUAGGCCCCAUCACAGGGAUCAUCCUCAACCGCCCCUCCCUCAUGUCAAUCAAGGAGAUGAGGUCAUCGGCGUUGGACGUCGCCGGCACGUUCUCCAACCGCCCCUUGUUCUUCGGGGGGCCGUUGGAAGAAGGGGUGUUCUUGGUGGAGGAGGAGGGGGAAGAUAACAAUGGGGUUGGGAAGAGUGGGGUUUUGGAUGAAGUGAUGAAAGGAUUGUACUAUGGGACUAAAGAGACUGUGGGGUGUGCUGCAGAAAUGGUGAAGAGGGAAGUUGUUGGGGUGGAUAGUUUUAGGUUCUUUGAUGGGUAUUGUGCAUGGGAGAGAGAACAGUUAAGAGAUGAGAUUCGAGCUGGUUAUUGGACAAUUGCAGCUUGUAGCCCAGCGGUCAUUGGGCUAUCUAAUAUAGGAAGUGUUGGUCUUUGGAAGACCAUUGUUGGGCUUAUAGGCCGGAGAAAAGUUUGGUAAAAUCUGGGAAAUUUGAAGACCUUAAUCUCAUCGUGUUAUAUAUAAUAUACGAAAAGGGAAGCUAUUAAGCUAAGUUCUUUGUAAAUGACUCCAUUAUGGAGAAUUGCAAUUCUCAUGUUUCAAUUCUGGUUGUAAUGUAGAUGUUACAUGUACAUUGUACCUCCGCUUUUAUCUCAUUUAUAGAAACUAAUGAGGCCUUGC